AUGGUCGAUCUCGAGAAGGAUGAGCAAAUGCAAAACAGCUCUAUAGGCAUAGGGGGUGAAAGUGCCGUUGCUUCUUCCACUACCUUGCCGACGGAGAAAAAUAAUGUCGAUGAUGCUGGCUAUGCUAACCACGAACACUCAUUCGACAGCGGCUGGGCAGCUUGGUCCCAGGUUCUAGCUUCGUUCUUUCUUUUCUUCAACACUUGGGGAAUCGUCACAGCGUUUGGCGUGUUCCAGACAUACUAUGAGCAUAACCUACUCAACCACCUGUCACCUUCGACAAUCUCCUGGAUUGGGUCCACGCAAUCAUUCUUGCUACUCUUUUUUGGGACCGUCACCGGCUCCUUAUUCGAUGCCGGCUAUGUCAGGCAACUUUUGAUGGUGGGCUGGGUCUUGAUCCCACUCGGGCUCAUGAUGACCAGCAUAGCCAGUUCGUUCUGGCAGAUAUUCCUUGCUCAAGCUAUAUGCAUGGGCCUUGGAUUCGGAAGCGUAUUCGUCCCCUGCCUUGCCGUUUUGCCGCAGUACUUUAAGAAACGAAGAGCGAUUGCCAACGGAAUUGCCGCAACAGGCAGCGGCAUCGGCGGCGUCGUGUAUCCUAUCAUAUUCCGCCAGAUGCAGAAAAGCAUUGGAUUCCCAUGGGCAGCACGCGUACUAGGCUUCAUUAUCUUCGCUACAAUGUCUAUAUCGAUAUGUCUAUUAAAGAUGAGAUUCAAACCCACCGAACGACGGAGCUUAAUACAGCUCUCAGCAUUCAGAGACCCUGUAUACUCCCUUUUCUGCAUCUCGCAGUUCUGCGGCUUCCUUGGGCUGUACAAUAUGAUGGUUUAUAUUCAGCCCUACGCCAUUGACGAAGGGAUAAUGAGCACGGAUCUAGCCUUUUAUCUCCUUGCCAUCCUUAACUCCGCGUCUACGCUUGGCCGGAUAAUUCCAAAUUAUUUUGUCGACUUCCUCGGGCCUCUUAACGUCAUGAUACCCAUGACAUUCUGCUCCGGCAUUAUAGCUCUUGGCUGGAUAGGGGUGCAUAGCACGGCGAGCAUCAUAGUGAUCGCAAUACUAUACGGGUUCUGUUCGGGCGCCUUUGUAUCCGUUCCCCCGGUUGUGUUGAUCAGUAUAACGCCCGAUCUUCGAGACUUUGGCACCCGCCUCGGGAUGACGUUUGUAUUUAACUCGGUUGGCGCCCUUGCUGGUACGCCUAUUGGGGGAGCUAUCAUCCAUGGCUCAGGAAACGAAUACUUGGGCGUCCAGCUCCUGGCCGGAUGCUGUCUACUAAUGUCGGGGGUCUUCCUCGUUAUUGCCAGGUUUGUCAAGUCUGGGCUGACAGUUUUUGUCCGUGUGUAG